CAAAAAUUAAAGUUUAUAGCAUUAUAAAAGUGUAUGCAUGGAUCAUAAACGACCAUUUGGUGUAUGGAAAGAGCUUGAAAGUGAUCCUGGAUUGUUCACGCUUCUUAUCAAAGACUUUGGGGUUAAGGGUGUACAAGUGGAAGAAAUAUAUGAUCUUCAGAGGCAAAUUCCAAAUAAAGUUUAUGGAUUUAUUUUUCUAUUCAAAUGGAGUGAAGUUGGGAGAUAUCGUCGAAAGGUUCAAAUUAGCCAAGAUGAGCCAUUUUGCAGGGAUGAAGAAACUGUUAACGGAAUGUUUUUUGCUCAUCAACUGAUACCCAAUUCUUGUGCAACACAUGCAUUAUUGAGCAUACUAUUAAACUGUGAAGAUAUUCAACUGGGAGAUGUCAUAACACGCUUAAAGGAAACCUGUAAAUCAUAUGACCCAGAAACAAAAGGAUUUGCUAUCGAGAAUAUGCCAGAAUUGUAUUGUGCACAUAACAAGCAUGCACACCCAGAACCAAAUCCAUUGUCAGAAAGUACAAGUGAUAAAUCCAAUGGAAUAACACCAUCUGCUCGUACACUUGAAGCAUUUCAUUAUACUUGCUACCUACCUUUGCACGAUCAUUUAUUUGAACUGGAUGGGUUAAAACCAUAUCCAAUAGAUCAUGGCCCAUUGUCGGAAGACGAAGAGUGGCAUGACAUGGCAAGAAGAGUAAUUAAUGAUCGUAUAAGUAUGGCAACUGGGGGAGAACAAUGCCAUGAUAUCAGAUACAAUUUGAUGGCAGUCGUUCCAUCAUUAACUGACCAAUAUGUUUCAAAAUUAGAAUUAUUGACUGAUCAUCACAAGAUUUUGAGUAGUGCAAUAGAGGAUGUGAUACCCAAUCUCAAGUUGGAUGAUAAAGAACAUAAGGAGUUGUUAGAUAUAUUGCACGAUACAAGAGAAAAUGUGGCAGAAUCAUGCAAAACUUCUAAAACAUCUGACAAAGCAUGUUUAGAUAAACUUCCUAAUUCACCAUCAGAAAGUACAGAUACUGCUUCGGAAUUCGAUUCCCCUGUAAAGAAAAAACCUCCUUCACCAAAAGAAUACAAAAAGAUUAUGGGAAGCAAUUCUGAACAGUUGAAAGAGGUUAGAAUUAUGAAAUACAAGUCAUUAUCAGAUAUUCAAGCACUUAUCAUGGACAGAAAGCUCUUGCAGAUGGAUAUAUCUGGAAGGGAGGUUGGGGAAAAUGAAAACAAAUCUCUAAGUUCCGUCUCAAUAAGGGAUGUUCAGCGCAUAUUGCUUAACCUUGAAACGAAUAUUAGAUCUUGUCGAUUAUCUCUACAAGAAGAGCAUGAUAAAAUAGAGAAAUACAAAAUUGAUGCUGCUCGGAGAACUCAUAAUUACGACCCUUUUAUAAGAAUGUUUCUUUCCAUGCUGGCUGAAAGGGGAAUAUUGCAAAACAUUGUAGACAAUAACCUGAUUGUAAAGAGAAAACACCCUGUAACAAAUGGUAGGAUUCAAAAGCCUACAAAACGCCAAGAUCGUAAAAAGCGUAGGCGUAGGUGAUUCGUUUUGCCCAGAACAAUCUUGUAAACUCUUGACAAAAGGACUGUAAGAAGUCCAACUACAGAUCUUUGAAGAUUCCAAAGUUUUUAUGACCAUCAAAAUAUUCUGGAUCAGUAGAUUGGUCACAAGCUAUCAUCCUUUUAAAGAUAAUUAGAUCAUUAUUGGUUAAUAAACUGACUUUUUGGUAUUCUUAUAGCAAUUUGUGAUAUUAAAUGUUCCACAGUUUCAACAUGAGAUGCGCUUACUACUACAUAUUAUUAGAAUGUCAAAUAGGUCUCGUAUUCAAGCAGAUAUAUCUAUAGAUGCAUGCAUCUUAUGUUGCUGUUAUGUUUCUGUUAACCAAAAUUAACACAUUUUUAUAAUUAUAAGAAGUUAUUCAAACCUGGCAACACCGUUUUAUUUCAACCUAAUAACAGAUCUGUUUUUUAAUGGUUUAUCAAUAAACAUACCAGAAGCUUGUUA